AUGACUCGGAUGGACAUGACAUGUGCCUCUGGGGAUGACCAAACCCUGAAUUGCGUGAGGGGAGUGCAAAAGAGUGCGAGUAUGUUGUGUGUAGAGGGGGAGGGGGACUGUUUCUCUGUCGUGUCUCUGAGGGAGGAGGCCAGUAUCCUGGAGGAGGCCGAGCUCAGUCUGGAUGUCACUCUGUCCCAGUCUGGUAUGGACCCAAAUGCUUACUCCAGGUUGUAUGCCAUCUACCUUAUCCUGGGAGACUUGACUGCAGCCAAGUUUCUCUGGAGGAGAUUGCCCCCCAAUGUGCGCAGUUUGGAUGAGAUGAGUCACUUGAGGGGGGUGGGACUGAGACUGUGGAAGGGGGAGUUGAGAGAAGUGUACCAGUGCAUACACGCGCACACGUGGUCACCCAUUAUUCAAAAAUACAUGAGAACUCUGGAGCGGACAGUGAGGCUGAAUAGCAUUUCUCUCAUUAGCAAAGCGUAUGACGUCAUCAAGUUUGACUCAUUCUGCGAACUGACAGGGUGCUCAAGUGAAGACACUGGCAGAGCACUGGUCAGUCGACUCAACUGGCAGCUGGAUGAGGGAAGCAGUAAGCUAGUGAAGCCGAAGAGAGAGAAGAGAGAUGAUCAGAGUUUGAAGGGGGAGUUUUCAGAUGAACUGCAGAAACUGACCAGGAUCAUAUCUGCCAUCGAGAACUAAUUUUUGAACAACUAAAUUUACAGACUUCCUCCUUUGAAUCCUUUGAAUUGUUACAUGUGCUUUCAGAUAAUUAAUUAAAUUGGAUAUAAAAAUAAAUGCCAGUGAAAGACAACUGAAGAAAAGUCAAGUUCAGUU